GCCAUAAUUGCACAGCCACCCUCCCUACUAUGUCUACCCCCAUAACCGUUUCUUUUCUUCACACCAUCGUCACUCCCAAUCUCUCACUCACUGAAACUGCCAUCGCCUUCCUCUUAACCCUUAAAAACCCCCUCCAAACUAUAAAUUUACAUUUCAUACCCAAAAGCUCCAAUCUCGCCAUUUCUUCUCCGAAAAUGGAGAAGAAACAAGGGUUCUUCUCAGCAUUGAAGGACGAGGUCGUCCGCGGCCUCUCGCCGGCGAGAUCUCGCCGGAAGUCCCACCACCAGCGGGCCCACUCUCUGUCGGGCUUACCCGACCCGUUAAUAUCGCGAUCAGGGAGCCUGAGGCCAGUAGGGGAGGCCCUGACGCCGUUAAUGGAGGGCCCAGACGGCGAUGACGGCGUUAGUGGGGAGAUGAAGAGGGGGGAGGGAUGGGGCCAGUGGGUGAAGGGCCAGCUGUCGAGGGCCCCGUCGGUGAGCGUCGGGGGAAGUGGACGGUCGGAUUUGAGGAUGCUGCUAGGGGUCACGCCGGUGCACGUUAGCGCAGGGGAGCCGCUGCCGCAUCUGAGUAUUAAGGAUACUCCCAUUGAGACGUCAUCAGCACAGUACAUCCUCCAACAAUACACAGCAGCAUCAGGAGGCCUAAAGCUCCAAAGCUCAAUCCGCAACGCUUAUGCCAUGGGAAAAGUCCGAAUGGUUGCCUCAGAGUUUGAAACAGCGACCAAAGUCACAAAGAAUCGUGGCAUAUCGAGGGCCACCGAGUCUGGUAGCUUCGUCCUUUGGCAGAUGAACCCCGAUAUGUGGUAUGUUGAGCUCGCUGCCGGUGGCAGCAAAGUCCAUGCAGGAUCCAAUGGCAAGAUAGUCUGGCGACAUACUCCAUGGCUCGGUGCUCAUGCAGCCAAAGGCCCUGUUCGCCCCCUUCGUCGAGCUCUUCAGGGUUUAGAUCCGUUGACAACUGCGAGCAUGUUUGCCAAUGCCAGAUGCAUUGGAGAAAAGAAGGUCAACGGUGAGGAUUGCUUCAUCCUCAAGCUAUCUGCCGACCCUCAGACACUCAAAGCGAGGAGUGAAGGCCCUGCAGAGAUCAUAAGGCAUGUGCUCUUCGGCUAUUUUAGCCAAAGAACCGGGCUUUUAGUCCACAUUGAGGAUUCACACCUGACUCGCAUUCAAUCCCACGGAGGUGGUGAUGCAGUGUAUUGGGAAACUACCAUAAAUUCAUUUCUUGAUGAUUAUCGUCCUGUUGAGGGGAUAAUGAUUGCUCAUUCUGGCCGAUCUAUGGUAACUUUGUUCAGGUUUGGUGAGAUGGCGAUGAGUCAUAGUAAAACUAGGAUGGAGGAGGCUUGGACUAUUGAGGAGGUGGCUUUCAAUGUUCCUGGGCUUUCUAUGGAUUGUUUUAUCCCUCCGGCUGAUAUUAGAGUAGGGUCUGUUAGUGAAACCAGUGAAUUGACCCACGGUGAAAAGGGAAGGUUGCCGAUGGUUGGAAGUCAUCGAUCUAGGGUUGCAGCUGUUGGGAAAUUGCAGAAUGGCAGUAAGAGUUUCGGUUGGAGGGUCGAAGUUUAGUGCUUAGAGACGUGAUAUAUUGAUUCAGAAAGUAGUUGAAAUGUUUAUAUUCUUGGUUAAUUUGGUUAUAAUUGGCUGACCAUGGGAUCCAGGGUUUACUAGGAUAGGGAAGAGUUUUCUCUGUAAAUAGGAGCGUAAUCGUUCACAGGUCCUUGCAUUUCUUUGGAUUUGGUGGAUGUUUAUACUCUGAAUACAGACUAGUUGGUUAGGUCUAAUUUGUUCUGCUUUCGAACUUGUGGAAUGGAUUAGGGGGUUUUUUUUUUCUCUUCCAUUCUCUGUUUUUGCCCCCCAAAAAUCUCGAUGGCGGCGAUCUUGAUACUAAUUCUGUGUGUGUGCCAGAGGAGGAAGAAGUUCUAUGCUGGCCUUUUAACUGCAUCAGAUGGUUCUUGUUUUAGUUAUCAUGUUUGCUCUUGCUUUGUUGUUUGCUCUUCUUAUUUUGAGUGUGAAUGGUAGCACCAAAAGUCAAUAUUGUAUCUGAUAUUGAACGAACAAGUAUUAUGUAGUUUGUCUACCCAAAAAUAGUGUAAGAAAUUUAUGUCAAGAAAUGGAGUGUUGCAAGUCAGUAUCA